AUGCGCGGUUUGACGCUCUUAUCGUUUCUCCUGAGUCUCGCGGCUUUGUGUCUUGUCGAUGGCCGGCGGGUUCUCCAUCUGGCCAAGCAUGAGGCGCCUGAAGGGCCAAUUGAACAUACCCUUGCGGCCCGAGAAGCUGAGCUUGGGGCACGCCCUAAGUUCCUGAACCGAAAGACUCGGCGUUUCGCUGUCAACGGCAAAAGAAUCCCCGAUGUCAACUUCGACGUCGGCGAAUCCUACGCUGGCCUUCUUCCAGUCACCGGGAAACGACAUGAAGACCGCAAACUGUACUUUUGGUUCUUUCCCUCUGUGAAUCCACUGGCAAAGGAUGAAAUUACAAUCUGGUUGAACGGGGGACCCGGGUGCAGCUCUCUGGAAGGAUUGCUGCAGGAAAACGGGCCAUUCUCGUGGCAGUUUGGGACUUUCCGCCCGGUCAGGAAUCCGUGGAGCUGGAACAACUUGACCAACAUGGUUUGGGUUGAACAGCCCGUUGGCACCGGCUUCUCGCAGGGGGAGCCCACUGCGACAUCUGAGAAGGAUGUUGCUGAGCAGUUCCUCGGGUUCUUCCAGAAUUUCGUUGACCUUUUCAAUCUUCACGGAAAGAAAAUCUACAUUGCGGGUGAGAGCUAUGCGGGAUUGUACGUCCCAUACAUCGCGGAUGCCAUGCACGCCAAAAAGGAUAAAAAAUACUAUAACAUCCAAGACAUUCUCAUCUUCGACCCAUCUGUCAACCAUGAGACUGUUCUCCGGCAAGUUCCCGCUGUUCCGUUCGUUGACCACUGGUCGCGUCUCUUCCCUUUCAACGAAACAACCACGAAGCGACUCCAUGACCUCGCGGAUUCCUGCGGUUACACCGACUACCUGAACAAAUAUCUUACUUAUCCGCCAGUAGGGAAAAUGCCCCAGUUCCCCGACUCCAUCGCCAACAAUAAAACUUGUGACCUGUGGGAGGCAAUAUACGAUGCAGCCGCCCUUCUUAACCCAUGCUUCAACAUCUACCACAUCGCCGACACAUGCCCACUUCUAUAUGACCCUCUAGGAUUCCCCGGAACCUUCCAAUACCUCCCCGAGGGCGCAACGGUCUACUUCAACCGCACCGACGUGCAACGAGCAAUCAACGCCCCCAUCCAACCCUGGUCCGAAUGUGGACUGCGCGACGUUUUCGUCGGCGGAAAGGAUAACUCGCCCCCAAGCUCGUUCACCGUCAUCCCAUCCGUCAUUGAAAAGUCGCCAAACGGCCGGACAAUUAUUGCCCACGGAGACCUGGACUACAUCCUGAUGACCAAUGGAACGUUGCUGACAAUUCAGAACAUGACCUGGCACGGCGAUCAAGGCUUCUCAAAGCCGCCCAGCGAUCCCUUGGUUGUUCCUUAUACCAGCAUCGGAAACCGGGCUGCCAUGUCUGGUGCCGGUAUUAUCGGGAAGACAAGAACGGAGCGUGGCCUGACGUACGCGGAGAUGUAUUUGACGGGGCAUAUGGGACCUCAGUACAACCCCGCAGGCUCUUAUAGGCUCUUGGAAUAUUUACUGGGGCGAAUUGACAGCUUGUCUAAGGCUUAA